AUGAGUUUUACUGAACAAGUACAAUCGAUUGACCUCCUCCAGGAUCAAGGAAUCAAUGCAGGUGAUAUCUCCAAGUUGAGAUUAGCAGGGAUUUGCUCUAUUGCCUCUGUUUUAUCAACCACAAGAAGAAACCUUGCCAAGAUCAAGGGGUUGAGCGAGGUCAAAGUUGAAAAGAUAAAAGAAGCUGCUGGGAAGAUUCAGACCACAGGUUUUGUUUCUGCAAGUGUUGUUGCUGAGCUUCGUGAAAACGUAUUCAAGAUAACUACUGGCUCUAGUCAAUUUGACGAGAUGUUGGGAGGUGGUGUAACCUCUAUGAGCAUCACUGAAGUUUUUGGAGAGUACAGAUGCGGUAAAACUCAAUUAUGCCAUACGUUGUGUGUUGCGGCGCAGUUAACUAAAAGCCUCGGUGGUGCUGAGGGGAAAGUUGCAUUCAUUGAUACUGAGGGUACUUUCCGUCCAGAGAGAAUCAAGGCUAUUGCUGAGAGAUUCGAUGUUGAUCCAAUGGUUUGUCUUGAAAAUAUAUCAUACGCCAGAGCUUUAAACAGUGAGCAUCAAAUUGAAUUGGUGGAACAAUUAGGCUCUGAAUUGGCAACUGGAUCUUACAGGUUGUUAGUUAUUGACUCCAUUUUGGCUUGUUUUCGAGUUGACUAUUCUGGUCGAGGAGAGUUGAAUGAGAAACAACAAAAAUUGAAUCAACAUUUGGCUUACUUGACAAGGGUUGCUGAAGACUAUAAUGUUGCCGUCUUUUUAACAAAUCAGGUUCAGAGUGACCCUGGUGCUAGUUCUUUGUUUGCUGCUGCUGAUGGAAGAAAACCGGUCGGAGGUCAUGUUCUUGCUCAUGCAUCAGCUACCAGAAUCUUAUUGAGAAAAGGUCGUGGUGAUGAAAGGGUUGGAAAGUUGUUGGAUAGUCCAAACAUGCCUGAGAGCGAGUGUGUAUAUGUUAUUGGUGAAGGUGGUAUUAAAGAUAGCGAGUAA